AUGACCAAAGCAUCAUCCUCCACCACUAAACACCCAUCCAAGCAAACCAAAUCAAAGAAGAAGCAAUUGAACGUAGACAAAUCCCGAACCCUGUCCUCCAAAAUCAAACAAAAACGAAUCGAUGCAAGAACAAAGGCCUUACAAUAUAAAAAAGAACAUCCAAACACUUCACUUCGAAGCAUUUCCAAACUCUUCCAAGUUCCCAUUGCAACCAUGAGUAAACUGUAUAAUAACAAGACACAAAUUGAUGCUGCUAUGGGUAGACAUCGCUAUUUUACAGUUCAAGAAGAAGAGGAAUUAAAGAAAUGGGCAAUGGAUUUAAUGGAUCAUGGUUUUGAAAUGUCAUCAGAUUUAUUAUUAAUGAAAGCUCAGGACAUGUAUCAAGAGAAAUAUCAUGAUUCAGCAAAACACAUUUCUCAUGGAUGGUAUCAAUCAUUUAUGGAAAGACAUGAAGAGGUGAUGACUCGAUUGCAUGAAUUCAUGUCCUUAUUAAGAAAAAAACAACAAGAUCCAGCAUUGGUGAACAAGUUUUUUACUGUCCUUGAGGAAUGUAUCUCUCAACAUGAUAUAUUACCUCAUCGAGUGUAUUGUUGUGAUGAAGCAUGUAUUGUGAAAGGUACUCCAAGCAAUCACUUGACACUCGCUCGACUUCAACGUGAACAUUUGAGAAAAGAAAACUUGACUGUUCAGGGUGAAUGUUUGUCCUCAAUGCUUGUUUGUUUUAAUGCAGCUGGAAAAUCUCUACCUCCAUUUUACGUUCUUAAUGAAACGUUCUUAAAUGGAGACAGUCAUCACUGUAACAAGAUGCCCUCUGAUGGUUUGGACGCUUCAGCAAGUGGGCACUCAACACCAAGUAUUUUCAAACAAUGGUUCGAACAACACUUUCUCAAGAACUGUUCUCGUCAACGACCUGUGAUACUCUUGUUAGAUAGCCAUGCUUCUCAUGUUAAUUUUGAGAUGUUACAAAUUGCAAAAGAGCAUAAUGUGAUACUAUUUGCAUUACCGCCACACACUAGCCACCAUUUCCAACCCUUUGAAUUGACCAUGUGUCAACCUCUUGAAACGGUUUUUGAACAAUUUAGUCGUGAACAGACACGAGAUGAAAUAGUAUGGACCACGAAAGAAUUGUUGGAAUUGCUUUGUUUAGCUCAGGAAAAAGCAAUGACAAAGUCUAAUAUAAUUCUAGGGUUUGCUAACUCCUGCAUUUACCCUUGUGAUGUUGAACAAGCUGUUGCUAAAGUACCUCAAACAGAAAAUGUUUCCUCUCCAACAAAGAACAAACAUACCACAAAAAAGAAAACGAAAAAGUAA